CGGAACCAGGGCAAACCGGAAACACCUAAGCUCCCCCUUCCCAGUCUCCGCCGCCGCACCAAUCCCCUCCUACUUCUCUUGGCAAAGGACCUUGUUCGUUGAUCAUUUGGUUUUCAGCAAGGCUGCGAUUGACUAUUGGGGCGCAGACGAUCGAAGAUGAUACGGCGGCUUCUCAAUGUGGUGGUGAAGAAUACUUCCACAGGCGUCCACUCGGUGCGGCGAAUCGACCCGUACAAGCAUCUCUUCUACGAAUCAGCAGGUGAGCCAGCAGCGUCGAUCGCAAACAAGGCCAAGGAUUGUGCUCUGGAAAUGCAGGCCCUUUCUCUGCCCGAGCCAGCGGUGAGCUUCUCUCCAUCCCCGACCACUCUGCCGCUCAUGGGCGGCAUUGAUUUGUUCGCGCCCAUGGGCGGCGGCGAAGGCAGGAUCGUAGGCGCCAACGUGGCCGGCGAAAGCAUGCUGUACGAUGCCGACGAGCGUCUCUUCCUUCAUCUGCCCUGGAUCAACGAGCCCAAGGGGUGGAACCCCGUGUGCCUCUCCAUCCCCAUACCCGGCGCCGCCGAGAACAGCCUCUACGUCAUGGAGAGGUGCCUCGGGGAGUCCAUGGAUGCAUAUGGCUCCAGUGAGGACUACACCGUUUCCUGCUUCGAGGUCCUCGAGCACGGGCCCAGGACCGGCGGCCAUGAGGUGCGCGAAAUGCAUAGAGGCUGGCGCUGGCGGGUUCUCCGGCCGCCUCCAUUCGUCCUCGAACCAGACUACCAACCCUCUGUAUCGCCUCCUACACUAGCAUGGUUAACAAGGCCAACAGGUGCUCCACCAUCUACAUGCCAUGCGAGGACAGGCGCAUUGGCACCUAUUGCUUUGACACGUCGAGGAACGUGGAGCAAUGGAGGCGCGUCGGGGAGUGGGCUCUGCCCUUUCAUGGGGAAGCCAAGUACAUAAGCGCCUGUGCGCUCUGGACCUUUCUGCCAUGGAGGAGGACAGACAACAACCGCCCGUUCUGCAGCACUUUGAGGAUCUGAACCCGCCCAAGGAAGAGGACUGGUGUGCGACGUCUUUCGAACUGGUAUACCUUGGCGAUGGCAAAUUUUGUGUUGCCAAGACCAUUGAGGUCGGUGACACAUUUGGAUUUGCAGGUGAGGAGUUUGCGGUGCUCACUGGCGUACAGAUUUUGCGCGGUGAUGACAAUGGCCUCCGCAUGAUCAAGCACAAGUCCACAUGUUACUCUUUUGUCAAGGACGUGAUCUACUGGGUACUUUGACUUGGCACUCUUGGUUUCGUUAUGCAUUCGUCUGUCCCCUUCAUAGUACUCCCUCUGUAAACUAAUAUAAAAGCGUAUAGAUCACUACUAGAUGACAGUGAUGUAAGAACUCUUAGUUUUGUUAUGCAUUCGCCUGUCCCCUUCCUAGUACUAGAUGACAGUCAUCUAAG